UAGGCCUAACCGUUGUCCCGAGAGGACAUUCUAAUUUAUCCCUGGAUCCCGAUUCAGGGUUUCGCCCGAAGGUUCUCUCCUUCGAGCCAAGUUCAACUAAGUUCAGUGAAUCAGUUGUGUGGCUGCCAAGUCCCAGACAGUGUGUGUUUUGUGUUUAAAAGGUCAAACGUUGUAAUUCUCACCAAAAGUGCCCAGUCGUUUUCGCUUUUUAGUUUGCAAGUUACAAAGGCAAAUGACAGUUGAAGUAUUAUGAUGCCUAGAGUAAAGUCCUCAAGUGUACUUAAUGUUAAAUACCUCUUCAUAGGUUACUGUUAUACAAGUUAGAAUGUUUGUCUACCGGAUCAACGUUACAAAUACUGCAGAGUGCCUUAUGUUACAUUUCUGCGUAAAUCGUUAAACUUUUCACAUACGCUUUUUUGUCAUGCGACCGACCGGCGAAGUUAGAGAGAGAGAGGGUGCAAAUAUAGGUUAAGCAUAUGGGGUGGUUGGACAAAGGGAGUCGGAAGCCGGAAGAUGCACUGGAAACCAAAAAGCAGUAGCGCAAGCAAGCACGCAUACCAGCACGUGGCGCAAAGCUUUUUGCCUGGAAAGAAGUUGUACCGAAACAACGAGGACCGUGGAUGGUUGGCGGCUGAGCGAACGGGUGAAAGGCACGAAAACACCGCAGUGAUGAUGGCGGAGUUUUGCGGAGUUGCUACUGUUGCCGUGCCACUCGCGAACCGUCGCUGUUUGCCGUUGCCACCAUCAGCGCAGGAUGUCGACGCUGUCGCUGCGUAUCAGCCUCGAGGGAGGCCGAGUCACAAAAACGAUCCAGUUCGAUCCGAACACGACCGUCUUCGAUGCCUGCCGGAUCAUCAAGGACAAAUUUGCUGAGGCGGUCCAGGGACAGGCACAGGAAUUUGGCCUGUUCCUGGCGGAUGAAGAUACCCGGCAGGGUGUGUGGCUCGAACCGGCCCGUAAUCUUGGCUACUAUCUGCUGAGGAAUCAAGACCUGCUGGAGUACAGGAGAAAGCAUCGGAAUCUGCGCGUUCGGAUGUUGGACGGUGCAAUCAAGACGAUUCUGGUGGACGAUUCCCAGCCUGUGUCGCAACUGAUGGUGGUCAUCUGCACGAAGAUCGGUAUAACGAACCACGAGGAGUACGGUUUGGUUCGCGAGGAUCCAGAAUCGCAGAAUGAGAACCUACCGGACAAUAAAUCCAACAUGGGAACGUUGACGCUGCGCCGGAAGGGUGCCGAAAAGGAGCGCGAUACCAAGAUGGAAAGUUUGCGAAAGAAGCUUCGCACUGACGACGAGAUAAAUUGGGUUGAUGUUGGGAAGACGCUCAGAGAGCAGGGCAUCGACGAAGGGGAAACGGUUUUGUUGAGGCGAAAAUUUUUCUAUUCCGAUCAAAACAUUGAUUCGAGGGAUCCGGUACAGCUGAAUCUGCUGUACGUUCAGGCCCGGGAUGCCAUCCUGGAUGGAACCCACCCGGUUACGCACGACAAGGCAUGCGAAUUCGCCGGUAUUCAGGUGCAGAUUCAGUUUGGCGAUUACAAUGAAACGAAGCAUAAACCAGGAUUUUUAGACCUUCGCGAGUUUCUACCCAAUUCGUACGUUCGAGUUAAAAACAUCGAAAAGAAAAUAUUUGCCGAACACAGACGUCACACCGGUCUGUCCGAUUUGGAUGCUAAAUAUCUGUACACGAAAACCGCUCGGGAAUUGCCGACCUACGGGGUAACGUUCUUCCUGGUCAAAGAGAAAAUGACCGGCAAGAACAAACUGGUACCGCGUCUACUGGGUGUCACCAAGAGCUCGGUGCUGCGGUUGGACGAACAUACGAAGGAAAUAUUGAAAACUUGGCCAUUGACUACGGUCCGUCGCUGGGGUGCUUCGCCGAACACGUUCACGCUGGACUUCGGUGACUACGCCGAUCAGUACUACUCGGUGCAGACGACGGAAGCGGAACAGAUCGUGCAGCUGAUUGCCGGUUAUAUUGAUAUCAUUCUGAAGAAGAAACAGGCCAAGGACCAUUUCGGCAUCGAAGGGGAUGAGGGAUCGACCAUGGUGGAGGAGAGCGUUGCGCCGUCAAAGGCGACAUUUUUACAGCAUGAAGAAACGACUCCGUCGGGCAAGGUCGAAACUCAGUCGAUUGCUAAACCGGCCAUCAUGCGCGGAUACGAUGGCGAGCGCCCAUAUGGAACCGGGGAAAUGCAGUCCAUGCAGUACGGUGCCAUCGUGGGGCAGGUCAAUCUGGCCCAUCAACCGCCCAUGUUACAACAAACUCGCAUCAGUUCGGUUCUCUCGGAGCCCCAGCGAGCCCUGGUCGGCUACAUCUCCGCUGGUCAGGAUGCAAUCAACAAGGCGGAGAAAGAUCUGGAAAGCAAGGCUCAACUACCCCCACUUGGAACGGAUCCGGGUUCGAUGCAGUGGCGUGAAGAAACGCUGGACACAUCGAAGCAAACGGUCACCACCCACUUGGCUACGAUGAAUGCGGCAACGGCUCAGGUUGUGACCGCUUCACAGCCGGAUGAAAUUGAUCACGAUGCCGUGGGUGCUGCUGUGUCGCAAAUUACCCAGAGCAUUCCGGAGGUCACAAAGGAAGUGCGUCUCAUCGCCGCUUUAAUGGAUGAUGAUUGUACCGGGGAUAAGCUGUUGGAAGCGACCAGAAAGCUGUGUGCUGCGUUCAGUGAUCUUCUGAAGUCGGCCGAACCGGAGAGUAAAGAACCACGGCAGAAUCUGCUGAAUGCUGCUAGCCGCGUAGGCGAAGCUAGCGGACAGGUGCUCAGUACCAUGGGCGAGGAAAGUAUGGAGAGUCGAGAGCUGCACGAUAUGCUUCUGGGUUUGGCUAAAGCCGUGGCCAACACAACGGCGGCUUUGGUACUCAAGGCCAAAUCCAUUGCGGCGGUUACCGAGGACGAAGCAACUAGAAAUAAAGUCAUUGGUGCCGCAAGCCAGUGUGCGCUGGCCACGAGCCAGCUGGUGGCUUGUGCCCGAGUGGUCGCCCCUACGAUUCAAAGUCCGGCAUGUCGCGAGCAGCUGGAAGCCGCCGCACGAGAAGUCGCCAAAGCAGUUGCCCACCUGGUUGAGGUGUGCAACGAGGCUACCGACAAUCCGCAGCUCCGUGGUGAUCUGAUGAGUGCCGCAAAGGAUGUUUCCAAAACUUUAACCGAGCUGCUGGAGCACAUCAAGUUAAGUUCUCGCGAGAAAGCCCGUAGAGUGGACGAAAACCCAGUCGAAGACGUUCUGGUGGCAACGGACAUUUUGGUGUCUUCCACCGAUCCCCAGGAGAUGAUCCGACAGGCACAACAGUUAGGCAAAGCAACCGCUCAACUGAUACAAAGCAUCAAGGGAGAAGCAGAACGACAGGAUGAUUCUAACAUGCAACGGAAGUUGCUGGAGGCUGCUAAACAGCUAGCGGAUGCAACCGCCAGAAUGGUAGAAGCGGCCAGACUAUGCGCUGGAAAUCCCCACGACUCCGGUCAUCAGGAAUCGCUGCGUGUAGCAGCUGAGGAAUUGAGAGUAAUUACUACCACCACCGCCAAUACUCCGGCCAUCAAACGUAAAUUGAUUAACCGUCUGGAACAAUGUUCUAAACAAGCAGCUUCCGCCGCCACCCAGUGUAUCACCGCUGCUCAAAGCGCUUUGCUCCAUAGCAACGAUGUUCAGACGAAAGAAAUUCUCCUGCAAGAUUGUCAAACUGUAGCUGAUCAGAUUCCUCGUUUGGUAGCAGGCGUGAAGAACACCCUAUCCCGACCGGAUGAUCCGAACGCUCAACUGGGGUUGAUCGACGCAGCAGAGAUGUUUCUGGAACCGGGAGCUCAGGUUGCCCAAUCGGCUAGAGAUCUUCAACCAACCGUGAUGGAUCAAGCCGCUUCGCAGCAGCUUUCCCGCUGUGCACUUAACCUUUCGCACUCGAUUCACGAUCUUCGUUCCGCGGCUCACCGAGCUAGAGAAGCUUGUGGUGGUAACGAGCUAGAUGCUGCUCUGGAAGCUGUACGCAAUCUGCGAAAUGUUCUGAAUGAUACGCGUCGUGCCGGUCAAGAGGGAAACUUGAGACCACUGCCAGGAGAGACGGCCGACAGUUGCUUCAAGCAACUAGCUGCUGCCAGUAACAGUGUGGAUUCGUCGCUGUAUCAGUUAAUGUCUGCAGUUCAACAGGGUAACCGAACCUAUGCUGGAGUAGCCGGAAGAGAUGCUGCUUUGGCGCUCGGUGAGUACACGAAGAGCGUCCGAGGAGUGGUCGCUACUACUAAGAACCCGGUGGUGGUAGACUGUGCUGAUGAAGUAAUUGUCGACUCGAUGCAUGUGAUUGAGGAAGCUCAACGAACCUUGCAGAACUUGGGUAACCAGGAUCAGUUGGUGCAAGCGAUUAAACGGACGAAGAGUUCCCUGGGUAGAACAAUUGAUUGCUUCCCAGGGGUGAAGGACAUAAACGAGGCAUACGAAAAUAUGGCUGAUCUACGUGCAAUUUUAGACACUGGAGAAUAUCCACCAUCGACCCGCGCAUUUGGACAGUUGCAAAACGAACUUAAGAGUGCAGCUGAGAAUUUGAACUCCGCUGGUGGCCAGAUUGUCCACUCGUACGACAGUUCUAUUAAAUUGGCCAACACCAGUCAGCAGUUCUAUCACUCGUACAAGGAACUGAUGACCGUUACCCUGGAGAUGGCCGGACAAACCCCGGAAGAUCGUGCUCGUGAAGAAAUAGUAAAUUCCCUUCGAGGUGUUUCCAAUCAAUCGAUAAGCUUGCUAGGAACGGCUAAGUUCGUAGCUGGGGAUCCGGAUAGACCGAAUGCGAAAAACGAGCUGUCCUCUGCAGCCCGUGUUGUCACAGAAAGCAUCAAUUGCCUGGUAGAUGUAUGUACUCAAGCAGCACCUGGUCAGAAGGAAUGUGACAGCGCAAUCCGAAGUAUCGAGUCGCUUAGACCGUUACUUGAAUCUGCUCAAGAGCCGUUAACCGAUCAAGGCUACUUCGAUUGUCUGGAUACGGUGAUGGAAAAAUCUAGAACUUUGGGCGAUGGCAUGACGGGAAUCGCCAACAAUGCCAAGUUAUCGAAGCACGCUGAAUUCGGCCAUUCGGUGGAUUCCGUUUCCGACUCAAUACGUGGACUGAUUGAAUCUGCCGGUCAAGCUGCCUAUCUGGUUGGUAUUUCUAAUCCGACCAGCGUCGGAGGACGCCAGGGAUUGGUGGAUCAAAGGCAAUUUGCUCGUGCCUUCCAAGCGAUUCGUCAGAGCUGCGAGGUUCUGCUAGGACCUGCUUCCUCUCAGCAGCAUGUUUUCUCUGCGGCCACGAUCAUCGCUAAACAUACAUCGGUUUUGUGCAAUGCGUGUCGUAAUGCAAGCUCAACAACUACCAACCCGGUAGCUAAGCGUCACUUCGUCCAGGCAGCAAAGGAAGUUGCCAACUCUACUGCUGAUUUAGUACGGGAAAUCAAGGCUUUGGACACGGACUACAGUCCGGUUUCGAGAGCACGCUGUGCCACUGCAACCGAGCCUCUCUUGGAAGCAGUUUCAUCUCUCUGCCAGUUUGCAAAUUCUCCUGAGUUUAUCUCCAUCCCGGCUCGUAUCUCAACCGAGGGCAGAAAGGCACAGGAACCGAUUUUGCUUGCCGGUCGUGGCAUCCUAGAUGGAGCCGUUGAUAUGGUAAAAACAGCGAAGGUGCUAGCUAUGACUCCGACUGAUCCUCCAGUUUGGCAGCAACUUGCCAUUCACAGUCGAAACGUGUCGGAAAGUAUUAAAAAACUAGCUUCUAGCAUUCGUGAAAAAGCUCCUGGACAACUGCAGUGUGACCAAGUUCUUGAAGUCUUGAAAUCAUGUUCCAGGGAUCUUAAUUCGGCUGCUCUUGCCGUAGGUGUUGAUGGUCUGCCACAGCGUAAGGAGAAUAAUUUGCAAGGUUUCACAAACCAAUCACUGAAUGCUGCAUCGGAGUUGAUUGAUCGUUUGGAACCGGUCAAAUCAUCGGCUAAGAAAAACGCUGAAAGUUUGGGUCACGCUGUCAAUCAGAUUGCCAAACAUGCGGUUCCGUUAACAAGCGGAGUUACUGGGGCUUGCUCCCACGUAGUUCACUCGGGACAGCAGACAAUUCUAAUCGAUCAGGUGAAAUCAGUGAUCGAGUGCUGCUCCCAAUUGGUGCAAAUCGCUAAAAAUGCCGGAGGAAAUCCCCGUGCCUCGCAUUUACACCCCGAACUAGACGAAUCAGUCGAAGCGACCCGCGAAGCGAUUCAGGAACUUAACGCAACCGUCGAACGUCUGUCGACUGAAAAUGGAGUUGUCACUGGGCUUAUGGAGCAGAUCUCCCGUUCGAUGUCACGCAUCACCGACAAGCGUCAGUCCUUCCUGGGAGCUACCAUGAACGAUAACUACGUGGACUAUCAGACCCGCAUGGUUCAGUCUGCUAAGGAGAUUGCUCGUUACGCAAACGAAAUCAAUGCUAAGGCCGCCGUAGAUCCUUCCAAGUUGGCACAAUUAUCCGUCGAGAUGACUCACCAUUACACACAGCUGGCUCAGGAUUCGAUUGGUGCUUCUGCUCUGACCACAUCGCCGGAUGUGGCCAUCCGUAUUCGCAGUACCGUGCAGGAUCUGGGUCGCUCCGUUAAUGUUCUGAUCCAGUCAACGGCCGGUAUUCGCAAAGAUGACAGCUCCGGCCUGGUGGAAAUUUCUCGCGGUGCUCGUGAUGUCUCCGAGAAGGUAUCGCAAGUGCUGGCUGCUCUGCAAGCCGGUUCCCGUGGUACCCAAGCUUGCAUUAACGCUUCCAGCACCGUUUCCGCCAUCAUCAGCGAUUUGGAUACGACCAUAAUGUUCGCUACGGCCGGAACACUGCACUCGGAGGAUGACGAGAAGUUUUCCGACCAUCGGGAGCACAUCCUGAAGACCGCCAAGGCACUGGUAGAGGAUACCAAGAUUUUGGUGGCCGGUGCUGCUGGCACACAGGAUCAGCUGGCGGCUGCGGCACAGAAUGCUGUUACAACUAUAUUACAACUGGCGGAAGCGGUCAAGCAUGGCGCUGCCUCGCUCGGUUCCAACCAACCCGACUCGCAAGUGAUGGUGAUGAAUGCGGUGAAAGAUGUCGCUGCUGCACUCGGUGAGCUAAUAAACGCUACUAAGCUUGCAUCCGGUAAACCCAUUAACGACCCGGCUAUGAAUGAUUUGAAAGAUAGCGCUAAGGUCAUGGUGAUGAACGUCACCUCAUUGCUGAAAACUGUUAAGGCCGUCGAGGACGAACACACGCGGGGUACCCGCGCAAUGGAAGCUACCGUCGAUGCCAUUUCCCAGGAGAUCCGUUCGAUGCAGUACGCCCCCGACAUGCAUCGGGCCAGCAUGCAGCAGCUCUCGCGGCCGGAAGAUUUGAUCACAGUGACAAAGCACGUAACGGCGGCCACAGCCAAGGCGGUGGCAGCCGGUGCUUCCAACCUGCAGGCGGACAUUGCUGCAGCGGCCAAUCUGGGUCGCAAAACGAUAUCCGAUAUGCUGGCGGUAUGUAAAUCGGUCGCUUGGUCCUGCGCUGAGACACAGGAACUUCGCCAGCGAACGUUGGACGCUGGAUCGGCCGUUGCCAUUGCCUACCGGGAUCUGCUGCAGGGGGUAUUGGCUCACUGCAAUGCCGACGAAAGGAUGCUGCUGUCGCGCCGGGUUGCCAAAUGUGUUACCGAUCUGGUCGGGAUGGCACAGCUGCUUAAAGGAUCGGACUGGGUGGAUCCCGAAGAUCCGACGGUGAUUGCGGAAAACGAACUGCUGGGAGCGGCUGCAUCCAUCGAAGCGGCUGCGAAAAAACUGGCCAGUUUGCGACCACGGCGACAGGCUGAAGUUAAGGAAACGGACGAGAACCUGAACUUUGACGAGAUGAUUCUGGAAGCGGCGAAGGGAAUCAUGGCAGCUUCGUCGGCAUUGGUACGAGCGGCGAAUGCCGCUCAGCGAGAGCUGGUCGAUCAGGGAAAAGUUGCCCGCCGUCCGCUGACUUCUUCGGACGAUGGCCAAUGGUCGGAGGGAUUGAUUUCAGCCGCGCGACUAGUGGCUGCAGCCACUCACAGCUUGGUGGAAGCUGCCCAGCAUUUCGUGCAAGGCACCGGUACCGAGGAGAUGUUGAUUUCGACUGCCAAGCAGGUGGCCAGUUCUACUGCUCAGCUGCUAAUCGCAUGCAAAGUAAAGUCCGACCCUAACUCGGAAACUGGAAGGCGAUUACAAGCGGCCGGUAAUGCUGUUAUCAAAUCGACCGAUAAGUUAGUUCAAGCGGCACAACAAGCGAUCGAGGGGGAAGAGGAACACACUCUUAAGCUAAACAGAAACAUGGUUGACGGAAUGGCACAGGAAAUCAAUGCACGAUCGGAGAUUCUGAUGCGCGAACGACAGCUGGAAGAGGCGAAGAAUAAACUGAUUGCGAUUCGUCAUGCUAAGUACCGACAGAAACUAGGUGGUGGUUUCACCACUGACAGCAGCGACGAAGGCGGAAUUCAACCGCCAACCUUCACCGGUUAUCAGACUCCUUCUCCGAAGCCACACACCUUACCAAAACCAGGCACCUACUCGCCAUCGCCAGUGGCAGGUGGACCACCUUCUUCCACUGGAACUUUUCCGCGUCAGCAACAACAAUCCACCACUAGCACAGUGACAAAUACCACAACCUUCCAAAGAUCACCGCUCUUAACAGCCAACGCCGUUCCUAAACCGUACCAAUCGGAUAACCUGAAAUCGCCAACGGCGCUGGUGUCACCUUCGAUACUGAAUCGUUCGUACGAAACAACCCGGGUGGAAAAUUCCAAUCUGAACGCGAGCAAAUUCAACCGAGCACAGUUCGAUGCGGCCGUGCAGGAUUUGCAGACUAAGGUUCAACCCUUGAGCACGUUCCGGGCGUCGCCAAAUCAAACGCAACAACAACAGCAAGCCAGUUAUGGGACAAUCGCGUCCAACACAACGACUGCCACAAGCAAUGGAACAGGAGCAGCACCACAGAAUUAUGAAGGAUUCACUUCGAGAUACGAAACCCGUGUCUUCCCAACCGCCACUACUAAUCCAGCCCCUAAUACCCUAAUCAAUGUCGAGCAGCAGUUCGCUAAACUAAACCUAGAGAAUCACCAGCAACAGCAGCAGCAACAAUUGCAGCAACACUUGCUCCACCCGCAAUCGCACCAGCAGCAGCAGCAGCACCUGCUCCACCAGCAACAAUUUAGCAGCAACAGUAGUAGUCUUAGUAAUCACCAUCAGCAAUUUCGCACCAGCCCACUAAACACCAGCACCGCUGCUCCCAUUAGUGGCAGUAGCAAUAACCAUCAUCUACCCAGUAGCAGUAGUAACAAUGGUACGCUUAAUCUACUCGACAGCAGCAACAGUAAACUGGAACAACGGAUUGCCUCCAGUCAAUCCACGCAGCAGCAGCAACAGCAGCAGCAGGUCAUUACCAAAAAGAUUCACAUGACCACGUCCUCGUCGACGAUGAAAACCACCAGCAGCAGUUCCAGUGGGUGGAAGUAAAACAUAAAUCCUUGAGGUUAAACCGGUAAAAUGUUGUAAUUUUUGUGGUGAAAAAAAAGUUGUUACAUGUAUAGCUGAGCGACCGAAAGCGAUCGGGAUAAAAUAAAGCCCAAAUGUGCCUGUUGUAUUGUCGGAUUAAUUGUUGUAUUAGUAGCAAGAAAAUGGUUCAAAUCGAUAGCUUCCAUUGCGUUGAGAAAAAAAAGUGUUAACAACUGUAGAUUUGUCUGUUUUUUGGGAAAGAGAACGCAAACAUUAAUCGUGUUCCACAGGAGGACUCGAUUCUACUUAGGAGCAUAGACUUAAGUAUAUUUCAAAACGUUUCCCGUCGCAAGGAAAAAAAACGGCAAUAAUAGUAGUGCCUCCAGAAAAUUGUAUUUCAGAAAUAAUUUAUUAUUGCAAACGAAUCCGUUGUUUUGUCUUUGACACAAAUUCACAAAGUGCCACAAAUAUAAAAACUUUUUUCGAGUUUUACACAAAAGUUAUUCAUUUUCGCGCACAUCUAAAUUUAACAAAGUUUUACUGAAGCUGUUUUCAGUGCCGAUUUUCUACACCACUAACGUGCCUCUCCGAGAAAAAAAUGUUUUUUGAAAGUAAUAACAAAAGUAUACCAAUAUAAAUUUUAACUAAAAACGCACCGUUUGCCUUUCUUGAAAUGAAAAAAAAAACUGAACGACGAAUGUUUAUUAAAUAAUCAUUAAAAAAAUUGCCAACAUAAAAUGAGUGCCAUUCUCUUCGUUUGUGUGCGUGUUGACAGAUUGAUAGAAAAAAAAACAAGAAUACGCACAUUUUUUUAAAAACACAAUUUUACUUAGCAUUUGAACUAGCCUUUUCUUCAGAAACUGCUGCUAACGAAGAGAACUUAUUUAUUGCAAUCAAAACUGUAUAGUACUUUUAUAAUCCGAAAGCUAGAGAGGUGUUCAAUAUAGUUUGUGAAAUAACAAUAGAGCCAAAUUUGACAGCGUGUAUUAUAGUGUAACAAAGUCGUCCCGAAAUCUUUUAUGAAGAUGAACAACUGAAAAAAAAAAAAUUUUUUUUUCUAAAUAAAAAGCAAUUUUACGGAACUGUAACCGAUUCAAGCCAAUACAGCAGAAUACUAGUAAUAGCAUGAAACGUAAAAGAUAACGAAACGAAAGUAAAUGAGUAUUUUUUUAUUAAUAACUGUAUUUUAACUAAAACGAUUAAACAACAGCAGAGUAACGAUUUAUUUUUCAUACCCGUACGAAUUUCACCUAAUCGCUGGAUAAAAGCAAAGCAACGCAGUAUAAUAGAAAACGAGUAAAUUUUAACCAAUAAAGUGCUUUAAUCGAAA